GUCUUGCCGGCGCUCUCUAGUCCUCAUCUGUCCUGCUCUACUACUGAUUCUUCCCGUAAUCUGUGACCCCAGCUAGAUCUCUGGCCUCCUUACCCCGUCCAGUUCCUUGUGCUCCAGACUCUGGUCUGCUGCCUACCCUCCAGACUGUCCGCUAUGGCUCCAAGGCUGUUACCCGCCACCGUCGUGUGAUGCACUUUCAGCGACUGAAGCUGAUGGCUGUGACUGAAUAUAUCCCCCCGAAACCAGCCGUUAACCCAACAUGCCUGCCAUCUCCUCCCAGCCCCCCACAGGAAGAGACAGGCCUCAUCAGGCUUCUCCGCCGGGAGAUAGCAGCAGUUUUCCAGGACAACCGAAUGAUAGCUGUCUGUCAGAAUGUGGCUCUGAGCGCAGAGGACAAGCUUCUUAUGCGACACCGGCUGCGGAAACACAAGAUCCUAGUGAAGGUCUACCCCAACCAGGUCCUGAGGCCUUUCCUGGAGGAUUCUAAGUACCAAAAUCUGCUGCCCCUUUUUGUGGGGCACAACAUGCUGCUGGUCAGUGAAGAGCCCAAGGUCAAGGAGAUGGUACGGAUCUUAAGGACUGUGCCAUUCCUGCCGCUGCUAGAUGGAGUUUCGUUCGUGUCACCCAGGCUGGAGUACAAUGGCACGAUCUCGGCUCACUGCAGCCCCUUCCUCCCGGGUUCAAGGGAUUUUCCUGCCUCAGCCUUCCGAGUACCUGGGAUUACAGGUGGCUGCAUCGAUGACACUAUCCUUAGCAGGGAGGGCUUUAUCAACUAUUCCAAGCUCCCCAGCUUGCCCCUGGUGCAGGGGGAGCUUGUAGGAGGCCUCACCUGCAUCACGGCCCAGACCCACUCCCUGCUCCAGCACCAGCCCCUCCAGCUGACCACCCUGUUGGACCAGUACAUCAGACAGCAACGCGAGGAUUCUGUUGUGUCGGCCAACGGGAAGCCAGAUCCUCCUGACCGUGUUCCGGACUCGUAGCCAGCUUGUUUAGCCAGCCCUGCCCAUAAAUACACUCUGCCCUAUUGGCUGUGCUGUCCUCCAUGGGAGAUGUGGAAGAACUUGGGGUGAGGGAGUGCAUUUGUCAUUUGGGUUUCGCUAACAAUGAUAGUCAAGUAUAGGCCACUCUGAGAUGCAAAGGAUUCCCUUUCAAAUGGAGGCUAUCAGUCACUGGCUUUGUCCUUAGUUUUCCCAACUUGGGACCUGAUAGGAGCAAAGUCUCUUUCCAUUCUCCAGGUCCAAGGCAGAGAUGCUGAAAAGAGAAGGCUAUUACCCCUGCCUCCUUGGUCACUGCCCCUUGCUGCAUGGGCUCCUAAGCCCACCCUCUUGGAUCACAACCUGCCACUACCAUAGUAGCUCAACCAAGCAGUUGUGCUGAGGAUGGCACCUGGUGAGAGCCUGCUGUGUGCCAGGCUCCAUGCUGAACACUGUACAUGUAUUAAUUCCUGAACUCCUGACCACAUGGUACCCAUUUCACAAAGAAGGAACAGAAAUUAAGUAGCUUGCACAAGGUCAUGCAUUUAGUAAUGGCAGAACGUGAAUUUGAACCAGGCCCUCUCUGCUCUGAAGACUGCAUCCUGAAUUUCUACACUGGAGCUUCCUCAUCAGGUUACCCAGAAGUGGGUCCCAUCUUCCAUCCUGGUGUGCUUGGAUGUUAAUUCUCCGCCCUUGGGGUGUGCCAUGCUGUGGAAAGUUUGGGAGCACUGCUUUAUGCUCAAAUGAAAUGCAUUCUACUUCCU